GCACUCUCUCUGUCUUAUUUCAUGCUCCAUUGUAGCCGCUCUUUGGUCCUUUCCAAUUGUUAUUUGCAAUUCCAGUUGUAGCUUUCGCGUUGGCUUUUCGAUGUCUUUUGUUGUCACAGACAAUUACCUGAAUAGGCAUCUCUUAUCUUAUCUUGAUCCGAUCCGUUCGGUCGUUCGGACCGAUGCCCGAUGACGACAUGGCAUAUUAAAUCGAUUUCCGCAUCCAACAAGAAUCGUUCGCGUCACUUUUAGUUCAACGCUUAUACGAUCACUAAAGUUAACACGAUAUUGACCUGGAAAAUGGCCACCGACACUGUCGUAUCACUCCUAUCAUCGCUGAUGCAAACCCAGAGUACAAGUGACCACGAACAAGAAAUCGCCCACUUCUUAGACGACCACCUCACUAGUCUCGGUUAUACCGUCGAGCGCCUUCCAAUUGCCGAAGACUCAACCAGAGAAAAUGUCUACGCCUAUCUAGGCACCCAGCGGAAGACCCGCGUAUGUCUCACAUCACACUUGGACACCGUUCCGCCCUACAUUCCACUACGAAUCGAGGGAUCUACAAUCUAUGGGCGGGGCGCAUGCGACGAUAAAGGUCCCAUGGCAGCGCAAAUAUGCGCUCUAGAAGAGCUGAGGGCAGAAGGCGUUGUCAAAGAAGGCGACGUGGGGCUAUUAUUUGUCGUCGGGGAAGAGAAAGGUGGACCCGGCAUGAUAGCGGCGAAUAGCCAGGACCUCAGCUUCGAGGGUGUCAUAUUCGGGGAACCGACCGAGGGGAAAUUAGUUGUUGGACAUAAGGGUCAUUUGGUAUUUGAGUUGAUCGGGGAGGGCAAGGCUUGCCAUUCUGGUUAUCCUCAGCAUGGGGUGAAUGCUAAUAUCGCACUUAUCGAAACGCUGAAUGACUUGGUUAAAGCGGAAUUUCCAGGCUCCUCGCUGCUUGGGCCAUCGACUUUCAAUGUUGGGAAGAUUGAGGGCGGCGUGACCUAUAACAUCGUCCCGGAAACAAGUAAAGCGCUUUGUGCUGUGCGCGUUGCGACUGAUAUGGCUGGGAUAAAACAGAUUGUCUCGGAUAUUGUUGCCCGACAUGCAAAUGUUCGACUGGAGUUCAAAUUCGAGUAUCCUGAAACCUUACUAGAUCAUGAUGUUGAAGGAUUCGAGACUGCCCCUGUUUCGUACGGGACUGAUGUUCCACGAUUUAAGGGAAACCAUAAGAAAUACCUAUAUGGGCCAGGAUCUAUCCUGGUCGCACACGGAGACAAUGAACAGAUCGAGAUUGACGAGCUUGUGGAGAGUGUUCAGGCGUAUAAAAAGCUGACGAUUCACGCGUUGAAUUCUGCUCGGUAGACAGGUCAACUUCGAGGGACAUUCCCAACUAUUCUGUCUCCUUUCGUCAAUCGUUUUGGUAUCACUGUCCCUACGUGCUGAUUAUGACGUCCUAAUGUGAAUUCCGUGAGGCAUAUGUAAAUUACCAAUGCUCUACCCUGGGAUGUGAUCGAGAAAGGUAGUAGUAGGUUUGAAACAAAAUUUAUACUAUUUUGCAUUCGCCUGGAAU